AUGGCUACUGAAACAUCACCGCGAGCGCUGGUCUCGUACGGCCCGCACAAAUCGGGCGGGUGGAAGCUGAAGAAUGUCGCACUACGUCCGCUGCGCGAAAAGGAACUCCUCGUCGAGAUGGUCGCGUCCGGAAUCUGCCAGACGGAUCUCCAUUUCGCGGGGAUGGAGACCGGGUAUGGAGUGCAUUACCCAAGGGUAAUGGGUCAUGAAGGCGCCGGAUACGUGCGGGCUGUUGGACCAGAUACAACAGUCGCCAGAGUCGGCGAUCCAGUCAUCCUGUCUUUCUCGGCCUGCAAGGACUGUGAGCCUUGCAAGGGCGGCCAUCCGGCCCAUUGCUCCAACUUCAACGCUAUCAACUUUGAAGCUGUCGCGGAAGAUUACGUCUUUCGCGACGCCUCUUCGCCAGAGCCUGCUUCUGGCGGUGAUAUCUACGGCAGAUUCUUCGGGCAAUCCAGCUUCGCUAGUCUGUCAAUCGUCCAGCAAGACUCGAUUGUCAAUGUUGCUGGGGUGGUUAAGAGCCGACAGGAUCUGGCAUUGCUGUCACCGUUGGGCUGCGGGAUCCAAACGGGCAGCGGCGCUAUUAUCAAUGCGGCUGGUGCACGUCCUGCAGACCGCGUUGCUAUCAUGGGCCUGGGGGGUGUCGGGUUGAGCGCGGUCAUGGGCGCGAAGAUUGCCGGAUGUACGCAGAUUAUCGGCAUUGACCGGCACGGAUCGAGACUCGAGCUGGCAAAGGAGCUGGGUGCUACCCACGUCGUUCAGGUCGCCGAGGGAAUGCCCCUAGACGAGGUGACCGCGGCUGUGAAAGCUAUUACCGGUGGCCUGGGCUCGAAUAUCACCCUCGACACCACCGGCGUGCCUGCCUUGAUCGCAGAGGGGGUCAAGAUGACGGCAUUCAAGGGCAAGAUCCUGCAGGUUGGGACAGCACCCGAGACAGCCACACUGUCGAUUCCUAUUCACGAGUUCAUGGUGUCUGGGAAACAGUUUAUUGGAGUCGUAGAGGGCGAUGUCGUACCGCAAGAGUAUCUUCCAAAGUUGCUCAACUGGGUUAAUGAGGGUAAACUGCCUCUGGAUCGGAUCGUCAAAUUCUACCAGGCCGAGGCCUUUGAGACGGCUAUCCGUGAUAUGCAGUCCGGGGUGACGGUUAAGCCGGUUAUUUUAUGGUGA